GCGCACAUAUUUUAGAAACAAAACUGACAAGUGAGGUCAGUGGAGGCAGGAAAUGUUGCAGACUUCCUCUUACGAAGUGCGUGGAAAUCAGAAACCACUUGAAACAGUCUCAAAAGGCACCAACACGGGCUGAAGCGACAUGCUGAGAACACUGUGUGAAGAACCAAACUCAAGAUGAGGUGCCCCCUGCGCUGCGUGUGGAGGGCUAAGCUGCUGGUCUGGGUGGGGCUGCUCCUGCGCUGUGCAGAAGCCAGAGUGAACACCGAGGCGCAGACCGGGCCUUUGUACCGUGUGUUAGGCACACCGCUCCACAUCUCCUGCAACGUCAGCGGUUUCUCCAGUGAAAGUGCGAAACAAGACUUUGAAUUCAUUCUAAAAAAAACAGAUUCACCAGAAAUUAACAUAAUCAGUACCAAAAACCAAGCUUUCAGCUAUGCAAUUUACGAGAGACGCAUCCAAAGCAACGACGUUUCUGUGACGCACGUAAAUCCGACCUCAGUCGUCUUUGAGAUCAAAAACCUUCUCAGAGAUGAUGAGGGGGAAUUUAUAUGUAGUGUAAUCAAUUCAGAAUAUAUUUACGAUGGGAGUUACAGCGCUUCAACAGCUGUCAAAGUGAUCGACGACUCCCUCAGUGUUUUGUCUCGGCACCCCACCACGCCACUGAGCUACCACGAAGGCGAAGCUCUCACUCUGACAUGCCAAGCCUCCAGCAACACGGUCCAGCACACCCACCUGUCCGUCACCUGGUACCUGCGCAAAGACGGGGAGGCCGAGCCGCAGCCUAUCAUUUCUCUGGAUAAAGAUUUCACGCUCGUCCCGGGACCGCUGUUCGAGCAGCGUUACCGAGAAGGACUCAUCAGGCUGGAUAAAUUAGGAGAGGCCACGUACAGAUUAUCGCUGGCUCAGCUCGAGCAGUCAGACCAAGGAAAGAUCUACUGCCAGGCCAAAGAGUGGAUUCAAGAUCCCGAUCGUUCCUGGUACUCAAUCAUUCAGAAGGAUGCGGAGGAAAUUCCCCUGACGGUUAAAGCCAGAGAGGUGGCACCAGACUUGUCGUCUCUGGUGGUGAAAAUCUCAACGCCGCAGGCGGCUCUGCAAGAAGGGCAGGAACUGGCGGUGUCUUGCAGCAUAGACACGCUGAACCUGGAGGGUCGCUUCUUCUCUGUGGCGUGGCUCCAGGGAGAGAUCGAGCUGGCCCGCGUUGGCCCCACGGGCAUUCUGACCGUGGGGCCCGAGUACAGUGGUCGUGAGAAAGAAGGAGAGCUCAGAGCCGUGCGCACUGGGACCAGAGAUUAUCAACUUAUCUUAAAGCCUGUCAGAACCGACGACCAGGGACAAUAUGUCUGCCGAGCCUGGCCUCAAGAGAGAGACAAAGAUGGAGUCUUUACGCCGGGGCCAGCUCAGGACUCCGACCCCCAGACAGUUGUCAUCUCAGUUGCAGAAAGCAGUCUCUCGGUCAAAAUACAAGACAGCGCCCUAAGUGUGAUAGAAGGAAGAAGCUUGAAGCUCGCCUGCAAAGUGGACAGGCGUCAGGGUCUGCUCUCAGUCACCUGGCAACUUAAAUCUGCGGGCGGAUUUCCUCAGGCCGAUGUCAUCAGUCUGAGUAAGGACGGUGUCAUGGAGAGAGCGCCGGCGUUCACGAGCCGUAAAGUCAGAGCGAUGCGCCCCGCCGCGGACAGCUUCGUCCUGGAGCUGGACGAGGUCCGGCCGUCUGAUUCAGGCGUCUACCAGUGCACUGUGUCCGAAUGGAAGUCUGACGUCAAGACACACAGUCAGUCCCAAAAUGCAAGUGUGACUGUGAACUCUGUUGCUUCACUGGUGAAGGUGUCACUGAAAAGUCGCAAUUCCCAAGUGACUGUGGGAGAUCCUGUGGAGAUGAUCUGCCAGAUCAGAGGGCCACGCAUGCCAUUAACUGUGACGUGGAGCGUGAAACAGCCGGACUCAGCCCCCGAAACGAUUGUGAUGCUGUACUCGGACGGCUCGAUCAGCUGGUUUGGAAACAAACACCACUACCAGGUGAAAGUGGAGAACCAGGAAAGUGCCGUGGUUCACUAUCUGCAAAUUGUACGUGCCAGCCAGAGGGAGAAAGGGAUCUACCAGUGCAGCGUGUCAGCCUUUCUAGAGAAUAUACACAAGAAGCUGUCUCCAUCCAACCCCCUGAGUGUGAUGGUGCAAAACCGAGAGAGCAAGCUUACUUUAGUGGCCAGCCCUGCCGUGACACAGAACACCAACAGCGACGUGCAAAUAAAGUGCUCGGUCACGGCAGCCUCCUCUGCGUCUUCGGCCUUUGCUGUGAGCUGGCUGCUCAGGCUGGGUGCAGCCAGCACCACCAUCAUGAGCUCGGACAGGAAUGCUCUUGUUACAUUCGGUGACCAGGCAGAACCGAACUACAGACAAAGAGUCAGCAUGAGGAGAGCCGAGGGGCCCAAUUUUGAGUUGACCAUCCGACAAGCUAGAAUCUCAGACAGUGGCUUGUACGAGUGCCAGGUGGUGGAGUGGUUACGAGAUCCUCAUGGAGAUUGGUAUUCCCUCCCUGUGGCGUCUGCUACAACAUCGCUAGCCAUCACCGAGCCCACCAACGACCUUCUAUUAGACAAAAAAGAGAAGCGUUUGAAUGCAAGAGAAGGAGAUGAAGUAGAGCUCAGCUGCGACAUCAUUUCGGGGGCAUCUGGUACUUCCUUUUUUUACAAAGCCACAUGGUUCUAUGCACCGCAGACGUCCCCCACCAUCAACAGCUCGCUGGUGAGGCUGGAUCACACUGGCCUGCUGAGUUACCCCGAGAACCAGGCGCUCAGAGGCCUGCAGGGGCGGCUUCGCCUCACCAGGCCCAGUCAGAGCAGCUAUCGCCUCAGGAUCCAGACGGCCCACGAGGAGGACAGUGGGACCUAUUGGUGUCAGGUUGAACAAUACCAGCCCAACACUGAGGGUCGCUGGCAGCAGAAGGCUUCAGAGAGCUCGGGCCCCACCGUACUGGCUGUGAAUGUAACAGACGUACAGCUGUCCAUUAGAAAGGAAGAUGUUGAGUUGAACAUAAGCAAUGCAGAGGGUUUCACCAUCCCCUGCGACAUUUCCAGACAGUCCAGCAACGAAUCCAAGUUCCAAGUCACGUGGUUUUGGCAGAGAAAUACAGACAGUAAAAAGCAACCUAUAUUCACAGCCUACCGAAACUCCACUUUCCAAGCCAAGUUAAAGGAGGAUAGUCUAAGAUUUGGUCACGCUCUACCCAGACAAUUCAGCCUCACAAUGUUGAAGCCCGGUCCUGAAAACAGUGGACUUUAUUUUUGUGAGGUAGAGGAGUGGCUCCCUUCUCUGACUUACGGAUGGAGGAAGGUUGCAAUGGAGCAGUCAGGAAACUUGUCCGUCUCGGUUAAUACAGAGGGUGAAGUUCAACUCUUCAGAGAGUGUACAUCUGGCACCUGGAUAGUAACAGUCGUAAUUCUUGUCAUUGUCUCACUCUUAGUUAUAACUGUCUUAGUCAUAAAGAUAUACAGGAGCAAGGACUCAGGAGAGAAGAAGUCAGGCUCAUCUCUUUGGGCUGAACACCCUCUUACGGCCAAAUCCAGUCCGGAAGACUGAACCUCAGUGGGGCGCGUGUUUAUCCAUGUUAAGCAAUAUGUGCAAAAGAUGUUUACACAGGAAAAAGUUUGACUCAACCUAUUUUCAGUCACAUUUUUAACUUUGUUUUUAUGUCAUUUGUCUCAGGAAAAGUUAAGAAGCUGUAAAUGUUUUAUUCUUUGUAAAGCUGGGAAUAGUUCAGCAGCUAGAAAUUCAUUACAUUUCAGCUUUGAGGGAGUUAUUGUAAGAUCACAUUGAGAUCAGAUCGUUUGUGUCCUUAUGCAUGCACAGAAAUAUUCACUCACUCUUCAUGUUGCAACAUACAAGACAUGUUUCAGCUUUGGGAAGUUAAGCUCAUAAACUGCCCAGCUUAGUGCAUAAUGUGGUAAGUUCUGAACUACUCUCCACAUUAGUAAUAUGUAUAGAUGUGAAUCAACCAGGAUGUUCUUUGUGGCUUUUUACAGCAGAGGGUUGUGUAGUCUGCAAUCUUGUGCUUGUUCACAUAUACAGACUUUUUCUAAAGUCACGCAAUGUUUCUACAAAGACUGUCACUGUCUUCCCUGUCGUGUAGCUUUUGUUGUGUGUUUUGUCAUUUGUUGUGUACAUUUUUCAUUUGCAUGGUACCAUUUAGCUGUCUGUUUACUUUAGUGUUCCACACAUGUCCACAAAGCUGUUGUUUUUUUAUGAAUUAUUCACGUAAAGUAGGAUUUGAAAAUUGUUUUUGGAAAUAAAGGUGGCAUUUUCUAAACA